AUGGACCACAACGAAAUGGAGGACGACAACGUUUGCGAAGAAUUUGCUAAGCGUCUGAAAGAGUCUGAGAACACUUAUAAGGUUUUUGGUUUCUCACACGUCAUUAUUAUCGGUUCCAUAGCGGACAUAAUGGACACGUCGAUUCGCUCUAUCAUUGACGGCAUGUACCGUAAGACAAAGUUACACUGUAAAACCGACGAAGAAGUCGAAUUGUAUCGUCAACGGCUGUGCAAGCUGUAUUUAACCUACUUGAAAAAAGGCUUGGAUAACGUUGAUCGUCUAGAACCCAAACUGGCGGACACAUUAAUAGUAAAUGUAGAAAAGCCUGUUGAAAAGUUGAAGGAUAGACUGGACGAGUUGAGAACAAAGGUCGCCCAAAGAACGAAACGUCUCCAAAGUCUGGUGGCGUUACAGAGCCGUUUGAAAACUGACACCGUUCUAGCAGAGUGGGUUAUUUCAAAAGUGGGACCAGCUGUACAUGAAGCUGAAAAAGAUCUCUCUGACGUAAAAUGUAUCGCUCCAAAUGUUAUUCAUUCUAUACUGCUUAGUUUGAACCGUAUGAAAGACUCUUUACAUUCUUUUAAAUUAAAUUAA